GCUUAUGCAACUCACUCUCAAGCACUUCAUUCUGCGCAAACAACUCUUCGAUCUUUUUCGACAUGUUAUCAGGUCUUCUAGAGUCAUCCUGAAUAUCGACGCUCGUCGCGAAACAAUUGCCUGGGUUCGCGGUGAGAUCGAAAGGAACAGAAACAUCACGGAUACACACUUGAUUGAGGAUAGGUUAAGGAUUCUUCGGCGUGAAGUUAACGAAAUACUGCCCUCAUCAAGACUUUACUGAAAAGCGUAACGGGAUGAAUGGAAGCGGGAGAUGGCAGGGCCGAACCCAGCUGAGGACAGGAAUCCGAGUAUAUGCAACUCGUUCGGCCUUCAAGUUAUAUCGAUGGACUCAAGCUCGUCCAAUGGACGAGUCGCCGAGUAUCUGGCCUCUCAUCGUAUACUCUCUGACACCACCUUCAUCCUGCUGUUGUACCGUAUACGUACUUGUGUAUGAACGUCUGCACUGAGCUUUGACACACGUGUAAAUCGGGCAAUACCGGCCCGCCCUCCGCAAGUUAGCCUUUGUCUGGCCUUGCUUAGGGCUACAGCAUUCCUCUCGAUCAUCAUGGAGGUCUUCAUGUGCAAUAUCGCUCAUAGCACCACGAAGAACGAUCUCAUUCGAGAAUUGGCCGCGAUCUUCCAUGGUCCAGGUUACGAUUUUGGUCCUUUACCCCUUAACUUCGAUGUCCGUCUACAGCACAAUGCUGGCCCUCAAAGACAAGGAGGGAGGAACCACAACGGUAAAGGAUUCAUGACUCUCCCCUAUCAAAACGUCACAACGCUGUUCUUAUCGGAAUAUGGACACCACAAUCAAGAACCCCCCCGAAAGAAAUGUAUGUUUGGCACUCGGAUGGUCAAAUUCUUCCCCGGCCAGCACGAACCUCGGCCAGAGGUGAUAAGGAAGAUUCGUAACGAACCGUACAUUGACCCAACAGCCGCAGAACAGAAAGGGCGCCGCGAACAGUUCACCACCGAGAAUAUUGUCUCCGUGAAAUCCUUUAGCUUCGGAUGGUUGUGUCGAGACUACGUCUAUUCUCCGGAGUGGGAGGUACCCUGCACACCUACUGCGAAACUCUCUUUUAACCUCAGCCGUAGAGAAAUUCGCAUAAGGAUUCGACAUCCCACCUAUCCCAGUGGGCACCUCGCCAUCGCGAUGCGUUUAUCUCAUAUAAAAACUACUUACACCCAUUUCCUCAGGGACCCGGUUAUUUUUUUUGACAUGGCGUAUCCUCCAUCAUUUGAAAAAGAGCCAGCGAGCGGAGGCCAGCGCAGCCGACUUCCCCAUCUCCCCAUUCCAGCUCAUAACAAACUAGCUCCGUUCAUCUCCCACUCGUUGCGCGUUGUGUGUUCCUCUGAGCAGGACUUGAUAAUAUUCAACAACCUGGCCCGACUGGCUCACCUGCAUUGUAACAAAGACUCUUCUUAUGACGUCGAACGGAGGAACCUGUUUUCUCUGGAUCGAUUAGAGAUCUUGCAAAGGUAUUUCGCGAAAAUGCCUUGGUGUAUAGCAUUCCAAAUGGAGGCACUUCUACAUCGACAGCUCCUUGACAUACACGAACUUCUUCAAUUUAUUCCAGCUAUCGAACACAUCCGCAAGACACACGAUGAAAGUUUUACAGCAGCAUUCCUACGUCACUUGCAGAACCAACUACACACACUGUGGUGGGAUGAGGAAGACACAUCAGUCGAACGGUGCUUUUCCAAUGCAAAGAAAUUAUUCUUCAACGGACCAUCCCUUGCGCCUACCGAAGGAAGCCUUUUCGAAUCAUAUCAUGUCAUAAUUACACCCACUCGUAUGCGCCUCGAGGGACCUAUUCCUGAACGUUCUAACAGGGUCAUCCGUUUCUACGACAGGUCAUGUCAUGAUUCUUUCUUGAGAGUGAGUUUUCUCGACGAAGACGAAGUUCAAUACAGGUUUGAUAGGGAGGUUGACGGCUCUGCGUUCAUUCGACUCCGGGUUGGUGACUUUCUCUUGAAUGGUUUAACAAUCGGCGGAAGAAGAUUCGAAUUUCUUGCCUACUCGCAAUCUGCUUUGAAAGAGCAUGCUGUCUGGUUUGUCAAGCGGUUUCGUGACCCUCAAAAUGGAGAUCGUGUCAAUGCAUCCAUCAUCAUAAGUAGACUCGGCAAAUUCGACCAGGAGCUGAUGCGCUGUCCUGCACGAUAUGCCGCCAGAAUAUCACAGGCGUUUACUGCCACAGAUGCUACCCUUGUCACGGUCGAAGAAAUCAUCAUAGGAGGUGAUAUUCAGACACCUGAUGGUGAAUAUACCUUUACAGACGGAGUGGGUACUAUGUCCCGCGAACUCUCGCGUGCCAUCUGGAAGGAGUUAAAAGCAACCAAACGAAGAUCCCGAAAGAGUAGAGCAAAGGUCGCCGCAUACCAAAUACGACUGAUGGGAUCGAAAGGAAUGUUGUCGACAGACUACAAACUCAAGGGAAUGGUACUUACUCUCCGUCCAUCGAUGAUCAAAUUUCAAGCACCAGAUUCCAGUCAAAUCGAGAUUGCGCGAGCAUUCGAUCGACCCGGCCUUUAUUAUCUUAAUAGGCCGCUCAUCAUGCUCCUUGAAGGGCUCGGAGUUCCAUUCGAGACUUUCGAAAUGUAUCAGGACAGAGCGGUCAAACAGGCUGAGGACGCGACGCAGAGCCUGAACGGGGCUGCCAGAAUGCUGGAGAGCUGUGGUCUUGGAACAUCUUACCGACUGACUUCCGUGCUGUUGAGUCUAUCGCGUCUAGGAAUCGACACUUUGGCUUGGGACUCGUUUUAUCAGAAGAUGAUGCAAUAUGCUGUUCACCAUGUCCUCCGGAUGUUGAAAAAUCAUGCCAGGAUACCUAUUCCCAAUGCCUGGACUCUGGUUGGGGUUGCGGAUGUCCACCGCUUCUUGAAAAAAGAUCAGAUAUUUGCAUGCGUCAAGCCUAUCGACUCUCCAGCAAUUUAUCUCGAAGGACCCGUCCUUAUAUCACGAUCCCCAACUAUUCACCCCGGUGAUAUUCAAGUUGUCUAUGCAAUAGGCACUCCUCCUGAAGGCUCAUGCUUUGACCAUGAACCGUUAUCAAACACCGUGGUUUUCUCUGUCAAAGGUGAACGGCCACUCCCAUCUUAUCUGGGGGGCGGGGAUCUCGAUGGUGACCUUUACAGCCUAAUACCCCUAAAUGACCUUCCUGAAUUCAUACCCGGUAAACUUUACCAACCUGCUCAAUACAAGCCCGCAGAGAGGAAGAUGUUAGAUCGCCCUAGCACAAUGACCGACGUUGCGGAAUUUGUCAUGGAAUUUAUCAAUAGUGAUGUCAUUGGGCUCAUUGCUAUAAACUGGCUGAUCAUCGCUGAUCAAAGCCAGAAAGGCAUUUUCGACCCGGAUUGCUUGAAGCUGUCUGAGUUGCAUAGUGAUGCAGUUGAUUAUCCAAAAUCUGGAAAUCCGGUCUCGCCAAAAAGAAUUCCGAAGCUCAAAUUCAAAGCCAAACCUGACUGGCAAGCUCCCGAAACGUUGAACACAGCGAUUACAGCAGACUUUUAUCAAAGCAACCGCGCCAUUGGCCGGCUUUUCAGAAAGAUUGAUCUCCCACCUUUGCAUAGUGACGUCCCGCUCACCCAGAAGGAAAGACGAAUGAUCAGAGAGGGCCAUGACGGUAAUGGACGAGAUGUCGACGCUAUCACGCGAACUUUAGCCAAUGCACGAUUAUCAGACGAUCCCCUCGUAGAAAUCAUGGGCGAUUAUGUCGGAAAGUAUAUCCUCAUACAGAGAAGACCGAAUAGAGAGAAGCGGGAUUAUGUUGCCCGGAUUUUCGCGCGAUACCGCUCAGAGCUACUGGGUAUCUUGCGUGACCACACACUCUCGCAUGGCCAUAAUGCAUUACUGUCUGAAGAGGAAGCGAUAAUUGGCACCAUCGCACAGAAAACCUCACAACAUCGCCAACGUAAGGAAUAUAUGUCGAAGUUAAGGGAGCGAACCGACAUUCUAGUACGUGGUGUAAGGGAGGAACUGGAUGGAGAUGACGAAACAACUCCAGAGGUAUCACUGGAACAAGCCUGGUUAGCGUGGAAUCUCGCCCUAAAAGAGCCUAAGAAGUCGAUAGGUGCUCAGAGUUUUGGCUGGGUUGCUCUGGGGGGAAUUUUCGAUGCGGCUAAAGAAAUCGAGGAUAGUAGACGCUCUUGGGCAGGAUCUAACUGGAGUAAACGUUGA